CUCCUUUUCCGCUGACUUCUCCGCGUAUCGAGCACUUUCUUGAAGAAAAUUUCCAAUCUUUCCGAUUCUUGAGUGAUCGAAUGGAAGAAGAAAUCCAAGAACCCAGAUUCUUCUGUAAGUUCUGUAACAAAGCUUGCUCUACUGGGAAGUCACUGGGAGGCCACAUGCGAGGCCAUCUGGGCCUUAUUGCAGCUGCCAAAAAGCAAAAGCUCAAAUCCGAAGCUUCCGGAAAGAAAGAUUUCUUUCUGCACUCCGAACCCAUCUCGGCGAAGAGUCAAUCGAUCGCCAAGAACGUCAAUUUCCAGUCAAAGAACAAUCUUUGCGAGAAAUGCGGAAAAGCUUUCUCCUCGGUGAAGGCUCUGGCUGGUCAUCUGAAAGUCCAUUCAAGAAAAUACAGCAAAGAAGAUGAAGACGACGACAAUGAAGAAGAAGAAGAAGAAGAAGAAGAACAUCAUAUAUGCAAGAAAUGUGGCAGGGAGUUUGGUUCGGUCAGGGCUAUGUACGGUCACAUGAAGAUCCACGCCAAAAGAUCCAACGAAGUGCAAAGCUUAUCGGAUUUGGAUGCCAUGUGUCCGGUUCGGAAGAAGAGGUCGUCAAUAAGGUACAACAAACCCACAAUUUCUGAUCUUGAUGAGGUGAACGAUGCUGCUAUGAGCUUGUUAAUGCUUUCUAUGGGAGUCAGUACCUGGAAUGGGUUUGUUUCUGCAAAAGAGUCACUUUGCUGCAAUGAAGAUGGUGAUGUUUCAGAGAAAUCUGCAGCAGGCGAUGAAGAUGAUGAUGAUGAUUCAGAGAAAUCUGCAGCAGAUAAUGAAGAGAUGAACACUGUUUCUGAAACAGUUAUUGAAGCUGUGAUCAGCAAAUUCCCCAAAGAUCAUGCUUGCCCAAUCUGCUUCAAGGUUUUCCAAUCUGGGCAAGCUUUGGGUGGUCACAAGAGGGCCCACUACAAUGCAAACAUAGCUGAAGGAGUGGUGGAAGAAAGGGAGAAUCUUUCUGAGAUUCAUGGCAUUCUUGAUCUGAAUCUCCUCCCUGUCAAUGGAGUGGCCAUGGAAGAAAGGGUGUGGCUUCAUGGCAUGGACAAGCAACUGAUGACCCAAUGCUGCCCGCCUCAGCAUUUCCUUCAAGAGCUCCACCAUCUCCGCGAAGCGCAACCCCAACCAGUCGUUUCCUCCCUCCUCCGCCGCAUCGCCUCUCUGGAGUCUUCCCUCCGCCGCCGCUCCGUCAGUUCCCACUCCCUCCGGGAUACAGCUGCUCGUACCAUCCAGACUCAAUUCAGAGCUUUCCUUGUUCGCAGAUCGAAAACCCUACGUCACCUCAAGGAGCUCGCUUCUAUCAAGUCAGCCCUAAACAAUCUGAAAUCGUCAGCUUCCAGUUGUGAUCCCCAAGCUCUCUCUCACAAGGCCAAUCGCCUGCUUCCUAGACUUGAUUCCAUCCAGGGAAGCGAUCCAAUGAUCCGAGAUGGGAAAAAGUCAAUUAGCAGAGAAUUGAUCAAGUUCAUGGAGUUAAUUGAUGAGACCUGUGUAGAAAAUUACAGUCAUCCAAGUAGAAUAGUGAAGAUUGUUAAGCAUGGAAGUAGUAGUAGUAGUUAUAGCGAUUCUAGGGUUCAGAUGCUUCAUGAAAUGGACAAAAUGGAGAGCAUCAUGAAUAAGUAUAUCGAAUUGAGGAAAUCUGUAGAAGACGAGGAUGAGCAUUUUGAAAGCCCUAGAGAUUUGGUAAUCAAGAAGUCGGGGAUUCUGCAAACCAGAAAUGGUGGUUUGGGUAAGAGGCAUGGCGAGGCUCAAUCCAAAGCAAACAAAGUUGUGACCUUUGCAGAGGACGGUAAUGUGAGGAACCUAAAACCCAUUUCCAGCAGGGAAUCAUAUAGAACCGUCGAUUCCAAUGGUGAGGUGGUGGAUAACCUUUGCAGGAGAGUUGAAGAUCUUGGGGUGGCAUUCAAAGAGGUCGAGGUUGAUGAUGAAGAAGCUCAGGGGAGCAGUGAUGGCGAGACUGAACCAAAUCACAGCUCCAUAAAAGAAGGUAACUUUGAGAGGAAGAAGGUUGAUCACGGUGAAAGGGGGAGUUUCUUCUUCUCCCCAUUUACCCACGAAGAUUGAAGUGUUGAUUUUGCUGAUUAUUUCAGUGAUUAUUUCACGUGAUUUCGCGACCGCUCCAUUGACAAUUAGGCUGUGAUAGAGCUAGAUGAAGUAGGAAGAGGGUGAUGG